GACACCAUGAAACCUUAACCCGCGCCGAAGAUAUGAUUUGAAAUCAAAAAAGUUAUCAUGGAAUCUAACACCUCAGAACUUCUCAUGAAAGCAGAUGACUGCGAAAUAUUUGGAUGGAUUUUUGAUUAUGCUGCAUGGAUGGCAUGGGACGAAUUCCAGCGAAAUCAUACCGUCGAUUCCAGAACAGAAAGGUCAUUCAUGACGGGAGUGAUGGAGUACACCCCAGGGGUGAACCAAGAAAGGAUCCACCAUGUUGAGUUUGUCCAUCUCCUCUGCCUGUUGGCUGACGGUGAGAAGGUCGACCUGUGUUACACCAGAGGGGAUGAAGCCCAUCGUACACCCCUGGAGAUUGCCUUGGAUAACGUCACUAAGCUUGAGGAAAGCAUGAAACAGAAGAGCCCGAUGCGGAGCGAAAUGGCCGAAUUGAGACGACUCAUCAAGAUUCAGGCCGUUCUUGCUCUGUUGAGGGCUCGGGAUACACACUCUGCUAAGAAUCUUCUGACAGCAUUCUGGCCAAAGCAGAUUAAACGAUCAGCAGAAGAUAAGGAGGUUGUGACUACUCUGAACGCCAUGAUAGAAGGCAAGAAGAACAAGGCAUUUGAUGCGGCACACAGCCAUCCAAAGUUCUGCCAGUCGCUGAUACCCAUCCUGAAGCAGGUCCAUGACCGGUUCAAGAGGCCGUUCCUCAUCGAGGUAAUUGCCAAGAAGAAGGACAUCCAGACGGCAAAGCCAGCUACCGUCAUCCCUCACAGUCAAUUAAAGAAGGCAUGUGGACCUAAAAUGUGGAAAAAAGUUCUUGAGGCAUCAGAGAAAAUGGUCGAAGAAGGCAAGUCCUCCAGUUCAAGCUCAUCUCCAAGACGUACUCCAAGACGUGGUCGAAAGUUGCCGGCUUCAUCAACUUCAGAAGAAGAGCCUAGUCCUGCGAAAAGGGGAAGAAGCAUCCGAUCACUGAAGUAUGGACAGAGUUCCAAGAUUGCCAAGAAGUCGUCAGAUCCUGAAAAGAAUACAGAGAAAGUAGAAUGGGACAGCAUCCUUGACAGUGAUGAGGAAGGUGAACUGAAAACAAGGAUAAAUGGUGACAAAUCAAUCAACACUCCUGUCAUAAAUGCCACCCUUGGAGAAAUCCCAGGGAAUAUUCCACAUCGAAAGCAUCACAAGAACCCUACACCAACAAAGAGAAGGCCGUGGUCUUCGGAAGAAGAGGAGGAACUGAAGCUUGGCAUCAACCGCUUCGGGGUCGGCAAGUGGGCGGAAAUCAACGAGGCUUACUGUUUCAACAACAGGACAAACGUGCAGCUGAAGGACAAGUACAGGACAAUGGUGAAACAAGGCCUUAUUUAGACAGAUAAGAAAUGGACUAUGAUAAACUUAGGCCUCAGCAUCAACUUGUUGUCUGGUGAGAUGACUGCAUGAUGAAUACAGGACAAUGGUAAUUCAAUGUCUCCUAGAUCAGCAACUAGUUGUCUGGCUAGUUUGUGAGACAGCAAGAUAAGUCGACGAAGAAGAUAACCAAGGUCUCCGCAGGAACUAAAAAUCAUCUGGCUUGUUUGUUAGACAGCAAGACAAGUCAAGUAUAGUGAUAUACCAAAGCCUCCACAGCAACUAGUUGUCUUGCUCGUUUGUUAGACAGCAAGGUAAAUCAAGGACGAUGGUAAACCAAGGCCUCUGCAGCAACUUGUCUUGCUUGUUUGUUUGACGGCAACAUAAGUCAAGUACAAUGGUAAACCAAGGCCUCCACAGCAACUAGUCUUCUUGCUCGUUUGUUAGACAGCAAGAUAAAUCAAGGACGAUGUUAAACCACGGCCUCCGGAGCAACUAGUCAUCUGGCUUGUUUGUUAGACCGCAAGAUAAGUCAAGGAAGAAGAUAACCAAGGCCUCUGCAGCAACUAGUCGUCUUGCUAGUUGGUAGAAAGCAAGAUAAGUCAAGGACGAUGGUAAACCAAGACCUCCGCAGCAAAGUUUGAGAUUUUACAAUGUUCGUCACGAAUACUGCACAUCAAUUUUCAUGCACGAUGAUGUCACAAUGACCUACUUGCAUGAUAGCAUUUUUACAAUUGCUUUCAUCAAAAAUAUUAAAUGCCUAACAAUUGACCAAUCAGAUUGCAGGUAUUUUGAUACCCAUUCUAUGAUACGUCAUAUGUGUCGGCAGCAAUAAUCUGUAUAAAACGUUUGUCUUUAAUGCUGUUUAUUGAUUGUUUUAUUUCCGUGGAGCAAUUGAACAUACAAAAUAAAAUUGAUUAUCGGUAAUGUUUCAUGGUAAAAUCAUGGCAAAGUCAUUGCAUAGGAGGGGACAGUCACUAGCACAAAUGUUUGAAAAAGGUGCCCCUCAUGUAGAAGGCUUACACUAUAUAUCAUGUACAGUAUCAACACGGGAAUUUUGCUGCAUGUAUUAACAAAUUGGUGUAUUGCCAACAAAAUAUAUAUGUUUCAUCGCAAGUAUGUGAUCAUUUUUCUGUUAAACUGCAUACCACUUCCUCACUAUUGAUCGACGUGAUAUGACUGAGAUCAGGGCCCCCAGUAGCACAAAGUGUACCAAUUGAUUGCGGGGCUUCAAUUUACGAUUGAUCAUGCACAAUAAUCAAUGCAAUCAAUCAUAGAAAUCGGCCCCACUAUCAAUUGCUAAGAUUUAUGUUACGGGGCCCAGUGCCCUGUUUCAUAAAAAGAUUGUUCAAUUAAUCGUAAUUGGAAGUCUAUGGUAAACCAUGUACAAAAAGUUAAAAUCAAUUGUAAAAAUGUUACAAUCAGUUGUAGAUAUUGAUCAUAUCUUUUAAUGUUGCACCCCCUGGAAGUUAAGAAUAUUUUUCAAUGCUGAAGCUAAUACCGUGCGAGUCAAAAAAAAACUUGACACCUCACAAAUCCGCAAUUUGAUACCAUUUUUAUGUGGUAUGUCUUCACGCUUGGAUAAUCAGUAGGUAUUCUUUGCAGCGAUGCAAAGUUUGAUUUACGCCAAAGUAAGGCAUGAAUGCAAUUAAUGAACCCCAGAUGCCAAUGUUGUCAUAAUCCUUCAUGGGUAAGUUAACAUUUUUGCAAAGCCCUUUUCAAUAAUAUUAACUUGAGAAUUAAUAGUGUUUUUUAUUACAAUUAUAAUGUAAAUUACUGAAAAAGUAUUUUGAAAUGGAAUUUAAUGCAACCCUUGUAGGACUAUGACAUCAUUGGCAUCUGGAUUCAUUCAUUUGCACUCAUGCCUUACUUUGGUGCAAAUCAAAAUUUACAUCACUGCAAAGAAUACCUCCUGAUCAUCCAAGCGUUAACACAUACCACAUAUAUAUAUAUAUAUAUAUGGUAUCAAAUUAUUUGGAAGAACAUACUAUUUCAGGCCAUAUGUAUGAUAAUUAUGUGUUCAUGACAUAUUUUUUCCUUACAUUGAAGAUUUGUGAGGUGACCAUGUUUUUUUGACUCACAUGGUCUACUGAAUGAAUGUAUACC